GCGUGGCAGCUUCACCUUUGAUUCUUCCAAUGGCUGCCAUCAACCUUCCUCUAAUCCACACCCCUCCGUCUCUUCAGAUUUCAGCAAAAUAUUCUCAAAAUACUUCCAAAUUAUCGACGCUCUCUCAGCCUACUCCUCCUCCUCUCCUCUCCAGUUCCCCCAAGCUCUGCAGUACAGCCAAAUCUCGCGCUUCUAUAUUGAUCGCUUUUGCUGCCAAGAACCUCUCGGAGACUGACCGCAUCUCCGUGCCGGAGACCGCCGGCGAAAUUGCCGGAGAAUUUCCUCCCGAUGCUGGUGUUUAUGCCGUUUACGACAAGGACGGCGACGUUCAGUUCAUUGGCAUUACGCGGAACAUAGCGGGAAGCGUCGUCAGUCACAGGAAAUCGGUACCGGAGCUUUGCGUCGCCGUCAAGUUUGGAGUAGUAGAUGAACCUGAUAGAACAACCUUAGCACAAGCAUGGAAGUCAUGGAUGGAAGAACACAUAAAAGCCACCGGUAAGGUACCACCAGGUAAUGAAUCUGGUAAUGCCACAUGGACAAGGCAGCCACCGAAGAAGAAGCCGGAUCUGAGGUUGACACCCGGUCGACACGUUGAACUUACCGUCCCGUUGGAAGAACUCAUCGACAAAUUGGUAAAGGAGAACAAGGUUGUCGCAUUCAUCAAGGGUUCGAGAAGUGCACCAUUAUGCGGUUUCUCGCAAAGGGUAAUCGGCAUUCUUGAAGCUGAAGGCGUAGAUUAUGAGAGCGUCGAUGUACUCGAUGAAGAAUACAACAACGGGCUGAGGGAAUCUCUCAAAAUAUACAGCAACUGGCCUACAUUUCCUCAAAUCUUUGUGGGUGGCCAAUUAAUUGGAGGUUGUGACAUUCUUAGUUCUAUGCAUGAACAAGGUCAACUUGCUGGGCUGUUCAAGAAUUGACUAUCAAACUUUUAACUUUCAGAAACUAAUAUUUUGUUUAAGUGAGAGUUGAAAGGAGAUGAGAUUCUGCUUGUUUUCAUGCUUUCCCAGUUGCUCCAUAGAAGUGUAGUUUAAAGUUUUCAUCAAGUUGAACAACUAUAAGAUAAGAGCUCUUUUUUCUUAUUCUAUUUCUUUUAUUUA